UUGAAAAGGCAAGGCAAUAUUUAUGGUUGGGAAACCUUUUAUUACUUAUUAGUAUUGAGACUCUUCUCCUCCUUCUCUUGGGUCCCACUCUUAGUGGCAUCAUCGACGCCUAAAGCAGCUGCUCCAUAUAUGCAACUGUGGAUUGGCGCCACAAAUCUGAGGAUGGACAAGAAGAGAGAAGAAGGAAAGGAGCCGAUUGCAAAGGAGAGAGAGGGCAGUGUUAAAUUCAAGCCUGAGGUUCAUCAAAUGCAAAAACUCGUAACCACCGAGACGUCUGGCGGUUGGGAGAAUUGUUGGGAGCAGGGAUUGACACCAUGGGAUUUAGGACGCCCAACACCUAUUAUCUUACAUCUUCAUCAGACAGGUGCCCUUCCUAAGGGCAGGGCUUUAGUCCCUGGAUGUGGCUCUGGUUAUGAUGUGGUAGCAAUGGCAUGCUCUGAACGCUAUGUUGUUGGAUUGGACGUCUCGCACACGGCUAUUGAGAAAGCAAUAGAGUUGUCUUCCUCAUUACCAAAUUCAAGUUACUUUACAUUCUUGAAGGCAGACUUCUUCACUUGGCAUCCACCUGAGUUGUUUGAUCUCAUUUUCGAUUACACGUUCUUCUGUGCUAUCGAACCAGGGAUGAGAUCAAGAUGGGCAUGCAAAGUUCAAGAAAUGUUGAAACCUGAUGGAGAGCUCAUAACACUGAUGUAUCCGAUCAGCGAUCAUGUUGGUGGGCCCCCGUAUAAAGUAUCAGUCUCCGACUAUGAAGAGGUGUUGCAUCCCAUGGGCUUCAAGGCAGUAACCAUUGUUGAUAACGAACUUGCUAUCGAAGCUCGCAAGAUGGGAUGGACUGAUGGAGGAUCCAGGUGUGAUUAUGUGCUUGUGCAAUGGGCAUGGCUUAUAAUGUUCUUCUUUUCUCCUUACAGGGAAGAGAGAAAUUUGGAAGAUGGAGGAGGGAUACAACCCAAUCCAUACUUUGACGAGUAUACAAACACUCUUGAUGCAUGAUCCUCAUUUCUUCGGGAGGAGGGCACAUUGAGCAUCAACAUGAAUGAUGGUUUCUGAAGGAGUUGAAUCGCCAUCUCCUUGCUGUACAGGAUCCACGCCCAUCAUUGACUUGAAUCCUCUGGGAUUAUACUGGCAUGUGAAUGUCUGUUCUAUCAUUUACUAGUGAGAAUAAUAUCAACCUUGAAGAAUAAUAUGAUGAAUGUCUGUUCUUUACAUUGAUUUAAGCGGUUCAAUACCAAACCAAGAUUGUUUUUGACAUUAAUCAUAAGAAAAUAUAUUGAUGUAAUAUUAUUCAA